AUGAAUUUCGGCGCUGGAUACGUGGGUUCCUCGGCGGAUGGCUUGAAGAUCCGCCGUCUUGAGGAUCAACGAAAGAAGCAGAACGAGCAGGCUGAGCGCGUCAAGGCUGAGCUUGCCGCUGAGUCCUCCAAGUCCCGCAUCGUCAACUUCUCCGCGGGCAACUCCGAGGUGAUCGAGAACGCGUUCAAGCAGGAGUCCGUGGGCCUCCAGACCAAGGAGCAGUUCGUGGAGAAGCGCGCGAACAUCGAGCGCGAGCUGGAGGAGGAGAGGGCCAAGACCGAGAAGGCGGCGGCGGUCGCGGACGCAAAGCAGAAGGAGAAGAAGCGCAAGAAGCAGAAGAAGGAGCUCGGCGCAAAGCUGAGCUUCGGCGACGACGAGGAGUUCCAGGACGAGGACGCCGAGGACGAGUUCGUCCCGGCCAAGAAGGUUGGCAAGGUUGGCAAGAACCCGGAAGUGAAGACGCACUUCCUGCCAGAUCGCGACAGGGAGGUGGCGGAGAGGGACGAACGGGAGCGGCUCAAGGCGCAGUUCCUCGCCGAGCAAGACGCGAUCAAGAAGGAGAGGCUGCAGAUCACGUUCAGCUACUGGGACGGCGGGGGCCACAGGCGGAAGGUUGAGUGCCUGAAGGGUGACACCAUCGCGCAGUUCCUGGGCAAGGCGAGGGACAUGCUGAGCAACGAGUUCAGGGAGCUGAAACACUCGUCGACCGACGGGCUCAUGUACAUCAAGGAGGACCUCAUCCUGCCGCACACGGCGACAUUCUACGAUUUCAUCGUGAACAAGUCGAGGGGCAAGAGCGGGCCGCUGUUUCACUUCGACGUACACGACGAUGUGAGGCUCAAGGGCGGGUCCAACGUGGAGAAGGAGGAUUCUCACGCGGGGAAGGUGGUGCACAGGACCUGGUUCGAGAAGAACAAGCACAUAUUCCCAGCCUCACGCUGGGAGCCUUACGACCCGUUGAAGGAUUACGGCGGCUACAACAUCUACUCGGGCGAGAAGGAUUGA